AUGUCCCUGCGCAACGUGAGCGUGCUGUACCACGACGUGUUCGGCACCGUCGUCGACUGGCAGUCCUCGAUCUCGGACGCCUGCCGCGCCACACUGCGCGCCCACCCGUGCCGCUCCCCCCUCGACCAGCAACAGCUGCUCGACGACUACGACUGGGACGAGUUCACGCGGCACUGGCGCAGGGGAUACAUGGUCACCACCCGCCAACUAUCCCACACCGGCAAUCCGCACGGAAUCACCGUCGACCAGAUCCACCUCGAUACCUUGGACCGUCUCAUCCACCGCCUCCCUCCGCCUCCGCCCUCGUCCUCCCGCCCUCCUUCACUCGACGCCGAUCGUCUCGCCAGCCUCUCCCUCGCCCUCGCAGACGCCUGGGACGCAACGACGAGGCAGCACCUCAACCAGCGCUGGCACACCCUCACGCCCUGGCCCGACUCGGUACACGCCCUCCGCCGUCUCGCCGCCCACUUCGCCAUCGGCACCCUCACCAACGGCAACCUCGCCCUCAUGGUCGACAUGGCUCGCAGCGCCCGUCUCCCCUGGCACUUUAUCCUCACCGCAGAUACCCUCGGAUCAUUCAAGCCGGAUGACCGCAUGUACACCUCCGCCCUCAGACUCAUGCACCUCGACCAGACACCUCAGCGUGGCGCCCUCGUCGCCGCCCAUCUCUUCGACCUGGAAGCAGCAAAGCGAAACAGGAUGACAACCAUCUUUGUCUCGGGCCGACCCACCGAAGACUCGCUACCGCACGACGGCACCGUGCCAGAUUACAUCGACAUCGUCGUACGAGAUCUCGACGAAUUGGCACGCCUUGCACAGGACACCCUGGCCCCGUAG